AAGUGAAGUUAUGUGAACCAACAGAAGUACCCGCAUAUCUAACAGGAGUACCCUCAUAUGUAAAUCUAUAAGGUAUUUGUAGGUUACUAGCCAUAGCACAAUAUAAGCAUAUGUACUAAUGACAACCAUUGGUUACAGUAUGCAUAAGUGAUUUAUUAAUCCCUUUUUUCCAUUAACAUCAGACUAUGAUCUCACUCCUGUGAUAGCAAGCGCCCUCCAUUUGCUAGAAACAGGUGAACCUCAACCCAUUUGGAGAUUCACUGCAGAGGAAACAAUCUCAAAGGAUAAAAUAAUCUCAAAGAAUAAGAUUUUGCCCCCACAGAAAUUAAAACUAAAAUUCCAAUAAACUUCAUCGGGUUCUUAGAUUUCCCAAUGCUACUUUCAUUUUCUUUUUGUCUUCCAUCUUCCAGACUUCUGAAGUCUACAAAACAGUGCCCAGUGCCCAGGCUCUCCUAAAACCCACCUUCCUUAAAGAAUGUCUGCAAUUAGGAAAAAUAUUAUGAGAAAAUCUCCUUCACGGUAAACCACAUUUUAGGUCCAAGCCUUAUUAUUAAACAAAGUUAAUUACAAAGAGGUUAACAGGGACUGGAUAUUAAGAAAUAUUUCUUUACUGGGAGGGUUGACAAACACUGGAAUAGGCUUCCAAGUAAGGUGGUUGAUGCCCCAUGCCUGUCAGUGUUUGAGAGGCAUUUGGAUAGUGCUCUUAGUAACAUCAUUAACUUUUAGCUAGCCCUUUAGUGGCCUGUCAGUUGGACUGAUGAUCUCUGUAGGUCGCUUCCAACAAAACUAUUCUAUUCUAACACCAUCUUUCCCUGUGAAGCAAUCCAGUCUCUCAAAUCUCAGUGUUGGGUUAGUUUACUUUUGAUCAAAGGUGCGGGGUCCUUUUUAUCUGAUUGUACCAGUUUACCUUCUGAGUAUUCUUGCUCUGUGCUAUAAAAACAGAGAUAUUACAGUAGGACCACACAAUUUCUUCUCUACAGUUGAAAACAAUAGGCAUUUCUGUAGGACACUGAGUAAAUAAAUCAUUUCUGUGUACUUCUUGGCAAUAGGUGGUACACAAGCCCAUUUCCCUUCAAUAAUUCUUUUUCUCUAGAUAUUUUGGAAGUAUUGCGACCAGUUACUAAAAGCAAGAGCUUGGUAGCUGCAGCUACAGAGACAAAAUCUAGUAAAUUCACAUGGCACAAGAGGAAAUUGUUGCAACAGCUGCACUUUUGAAGGGUCACAGAUAGACAAACAUAAACUGCAGCUCAUAGCCUUUCUGCUGCACUGCUGAACUAACAUCCUCCUAGUUUGUAUCUAUCCAGUCUGGCAUGUCCUAAGGAUGGUAUCACAAACAUUGUGAGUUCAAACAUAAACGUGCAGGCAUUUCACACUGUGCUACAGCCAAGUAAAAUGAAAUAGCCAAAUGACUAAAAUGGACAGUUAAGGCAACAAGCUGAUGAACAGCCUCUAACCAGGUCCAGAUGCUUUUUGUUUCUGCAUAAUUUGAAAUCUAACAUUUCCAGGCACUACAUGCAGUUCAGCUUUUUUCCCUCCAGCUUGAACUUGCGUGCUGGAACCAAACAUUAUGCUAAUGAUCUCCAAGGACCUGGCACUGCUGUUGCUUAGGAACAAAAGUUUCACAGGCUGUGGACAGAGAACUGAAUAGAGGCGCUGUAGCUGGGGAAGUCCGUUUUACCACCCUCUUCCCCUCAACACUCACAUACACAACAGUUCCUUGAAGGGCUGCCAUUUUCCUUCAAGGAAGUACGAUUCAGCAUUUACAGGCCUCUGAAAAGGAAAUUGUCCUGCACACUCCUGUUUUACGAGCUGAAAGACUAACUCAUUACUCAAGGAAGAGCAGACCAGAGGACAACUACACGGUAACAGACCAUGAAGGCUCAUCCCACACUACUGAAAAAAACUAUCAGCUUGUGACAUCUGUACCCUGGCUUUUAAAGUCCUCCUAGCUGCUAGCCGGAAGUAACUGCCACUGCUUUCAAAGGCUUUGCUGGAAUUCCCACACUUCAUCCAGAUUCUGGUGUGUUUCUCCUCUCUCUGAAGAGAUAUGGCCAAGGGGAAAGCAAAGGAACCAAAAGGGAAAAAAAUUACCUUGAAAAUUGCUAAAAAUUCCAUCAGAAUCUCUUAUGACGGAGGGCGCCGUCUUGACUUAAGCAAGAUGGGUAUCACCACCUUUCCCAAAUGCAUUCUGAAACUGGCUGAUGUGGAUGAACUUGAUUUGAGCAGAAACAUGCUUAAAAAGAUCCCAAACAGCAUUGAGAAGUUCCAGAAACUGCGCUGGCUGGACCUGCACAGUAAUCAGCUCGAAGAGCUGCCCAAGACAAUAGGUACACUACAGAACCUUUUCUACCUGAAUAUUUGCAAUAACAAGCUGACAACUAAAAGUCUGCCAGAGGAGUUGCACCUUCUCAAGAACCUGCGUUUUCUCAACCUUGGCUUGAACUGUCUUGAAUGCAUCCCCAGCAACCUUGGGGCCCUGCAGGAACUUAAGGAAUUAGGUCUCUUUGACAACUUAUUGACCACCAUCCCAAACAGUGUGAAAAAGCUCCCCAAGCUCAAUAAACUGAAUGCAGAAAGAAACCCUUUCCCUGAUUCAGUAGAAAAAGAAGAGUUUGUCGACCCCAUCAAACGCAUAGAAACGCUUUACCUAGUACAAGAGAAAGACCUGUGCUGUUCCUGCCUGAAGACAUGUCAGGGUGAGAAAGACAAGAUGAACAAGUUAAAGAACAUAAUACCCAGCCCCUCAAAGAAGCUCAGCUUCCCUUUACUCCUUACUCCCAAUUCCACUGCAAAGGAUAACCAAGAGCAAUGGAGAUUAAAAGGUGAAGAUCCCUGAAAUCUACCAAGCACUCCACAGGCCACAUCCCAUACAAUGUGGUGAAAACUAAUAAAAAAAGCUGUCCACCUCCCUUUUUUUUGCAGUUCUCUUCAUUUAAAGAUACUCAGCUUUAGAAGCAGAUCCUAAUAGUCUCUAAAACUAAGUAACUGAAGGUCAGCACAGAACAUGCUCUGUCACCUCCCACUGGAAGAAAGCUUUCUUUUCCUGCAGUGGUAAAACAGAGGGACAUCAAAUUGGAAUCUCCACUGCACAAUUACUGUAACAUGCCAAAACGUCUGUGUGCACAUCAGUCACUGUCUGCUCUAAACGUGCAAUAAAGAGGCCAUUAUGCAGAAACAUUAUGGAUUACCUCUCUAACCUCACCACACUGACUCUCUUUCCCACAGUAACCAUCUGUGUAGACUUUACCAAUAAAGUCAUAUUAAGGAGGUAAUAAUUAUUAAAUAUGCCCAGUCAGCUACUUAGCACAUUCCUCUUGCCUUCAUAUUAUGGAUGCUGUACACUGGAAUGCUUUUCAGAAUUCAGGGGACACAUUUGAAUCUUUAAAAUAGGGGGCACAAACAGCUAAGUUUCUAGAUGCAUUUUUUUAAGGUAUGACUUAUUCACACAGUUGCAUUUGUUAUCUACUGUU